AUGCGGCGAGGGCAUUACCCAACCCUGCGGCCGGCGACGCGAGCGGACUAUGACGGUUACGCUGGGCGCCCGUAUGUGCCUCCCUCAGACCCUUACGCAGCCGCUCCCGUCGCACACUAUCCGCCGGUGGCUACAACUCCGGUAGCGGCAACGGUGCCAGCAUACAGUUUGCCUCCAGCCACUGCGCCAGGCCCGUACAUGGCGUCGCCAUCGUCGCCGACUUCUUUGCAUCCGGCUUCUGUUGGAGCUGUGUAUCAGCAAGUGUACCCGGCGCACUCUGUGGCACCAGAGCAAGCCCCGGGUGAAUCUUAUGGUCAGUACGCAGCGGCCGGAGCGGCUACGCCUGCUGGCGACGCAGUCGUCGAUCCGUAUGACAUUCGCAGUGCAGCUAGUAGACAGGCCCGAUACGCACGACCUCCUGCGUCGAGGGUCCACCCGUACUAA